AUGCUGCGUAGUUUUAUGAAGGCGAAGAGCGGAUUACGUCUGUUUUCUUCCACAGCUGCUAGAUGUUCUGACGUUCAACGCAUGACUCUCACCGGCAACUUAGUUCGCGACCUUGAAUUUAGCAACACUGCUGAUGGACGCGAGUUUGCCAAGUACACGCUUAGCUGUUACAAUGGCCGUAACAUGGAUCCUACGUAUCACACCGUAUUUAGCUUUGACAGCUCACGUAACGAACAACUCGAAAAGUUCAUGAAAAAAGGUGCUAAGGUUUUCGUCGAAGCCGACGUCGGCUGGCGCAAGGUGCCUUUGAAAACAGAGUCUGGGGGGGAGACGAACCACAUGUCGACGACGGGAACGAGCACAGGAAAUGGACAACCCGAAGAAGAAUUCGCCAGCAACACCAACAAGGCUGACCUCGGCUUUUAA